AUGGGAGCUCAGCGCCCUGUCGAGCUCAGCCCGCAGCGAUGGAACCUCAUUCAGGAAUUGUUGCACUUGGUACGAGUGUACGCCAGCCAAGCGAAGGUCGAUCUGCCAGACUCCAUUGAGGUUAUUCAGCAAGAGAAAGGAGGAUUUCCACGAAUCCGCGUGUUGGACUGCGAUGCUGAACAUGCGCUGCUCCAACGGAUCGCGACUCAUAUUUGUGAGAACGGAAUUGGCCCCCUGCCGAUCGCCCGACAACCUCACGUCGUCCGACAGGCGGUUUUGAUCUAUAUCCUGAAGCCGGAACGGUACUAG